AUGGAUUCGCAACACAAAAGCAAUUGGAAGUGCCCAGAAUGUUUAAAUAAACAACCCAAAAUGGGAAACAUUCAUACACCUGUAAGGUCCGCUGUAGUUAGUGGCGAAAACAAAAUUUGUACUGAUACCUCCGAAGUGUCAUACGUAACAACACGCAAGAAACCAAGUAAGUCGCCGCCUCAUAUCACUUCAAAAUGUAAGGACAAUGAUUUCGAUUUAACGGAAAGCAAAUUGCGUGACAUCAUUCAACAAGAGUUAGCUUCUACAAUACAAAAAUUAGUUUCUAGCCAGCUCAAUACCAUUAAUAAUCAGAUAUCUGGUUUUUGUGAGUCAAUAAAUUUUAUUAAUGCACAAUAUGAAGAAAUGAAAUCCAAACUGGAAGAAAAGUCGAAUAUGGUGGAUCAAUUAAGAAAAGAGAACGAUCAACUUAAGACUUCUAUUAAAGAUUUUGCAUCGAGAUUAAAUAAUGUUGAAGUACAUAUGAGAGAAAGCAACAUUGAGAUCAAUGGCAUACCAGAAAAUAGAAGUGAAAAUUUAGCCAAUACAGUAGUGCAACUAAGUCAGAUUAUUAAUUGUCCAAUGACGACAGACGAGAUACUUCAUGCAAAUAGAGUAGCCUUAACAGGAAUGCGGAAAAACCACGCUCUGUCAUUGUUAAGCUACGUAGCUCUAGGCAUCGUGAUGCCGUCC